AUGGAGACCGGGGCCACAGCAAGGCUGGGAACCGUUGACCAGAGAGCAUCAGGAUUCUAUGAGCGGAGCAGAAGGAAUUGUGUCUCUAACAAAUUGCACGGGGGUGUCUCCACAGUUUGUGGGAAGCCGAAGAUGGUUGGGAAAGUGUUUGGUGGCCGAGAUACAUUGGCUGGCCAGUGGCCGUGGCAGGCCAGCCUGCUGUACCGGGGCUUGCAUCUCUGUGGAGCUGUCCUCAUUGAUUCCCACUGGCUUGUUUCCACAGCCCACUGCUUUCAAAACAAAUCCCAGGCCCCAGGGGACUAUCAGGUUCUGCUGGGGAAUACUCAGCUAUACCAGAAAACACAGCACACUCAGAAGAUGUCUGUGAAUCGUAUCAUCAAACACCCAGACUUUGAGAAGUUUCAUUCCUUUGGGAGUGACAUUGCCAUGCUGCAGCUGCGACUGCCCGUGAACUUCACAUCCUAUGUUGUGCCUGCCUGCCUCCCACCUAAAGAUGCACAGCUCCACAACCACACAUCCUGUUGGAUAACUGGAUGGGGAAUGCUUUCUGAAGACACAAAACUGUUACCACCCUUCUCACUGCAAGAGGGUGAAGUGGGCAUCAUUGAGAAUGAGUUCUGUAAUGCCUUAUAUGGGCGAAGACCAGGCCAAAACAAGGACUAUGUGCAUGAGGAAAUGCUGUGUGCCGGAGGCCUCUCCACAGGAAAGUCCAUCUGCCGGGGUGAUUCUGGGGGUCCCCUCAUCUGCUACCAAACCAGUUUAUGGGUCCUGGUGGGACUGGCUAGUUGGGGCCUGGACUGCCGACAUCCCAUUUACCCCAGCGUCUUUACCAGGGUCACCUACUUCACUGACUGGAUCAGCCAAGUCAAGGGACUUACUCCACUUCCAGAAUCUGGAUCUGUGUCUCCUCACACAGAACUACAACCUAGGCCUCUGAGAGCUGCUGGCUCCCCACAAACCUGCAACAUCUUCAUAGUUGCACAAAUCUGGUUCCUAUUGGUAUUUAUCCCUGAGGCUCAAGACCAGGCCCCAGCGUGA